CUGAAAACAUUCAACAUUGACACUACGACAGACCAAAAAUAUGUACACCCAAAGGCGUACUGCCACAAAUGCCACACAAUUGCAACCAAGAGAUCAAGUGGGGCUGUGGUUGAGACAGCAGUGGUGCCAGUAGACUGGGAGAGUCAUGGGACUGACUGUUGGGUGUGCAAGGGGAAAGCGGGGAGGCCGAAAAAGGCUACGAAGAAGCGAGGGAGACCAAAGGUCGACAGUGGCAAGGGAGUUGCCAACACUGUGCUAAAAACUGCCCCCACAAGUUGGCGAGCAGUGCAGCCUCUCUCUCUCUCUCGAUUUCUCCCACCGGCUUCUUCUCUCUCCUUGCACGACCUUCAGUGCAAACUGUGCGAAUGCAUUGUCGAUCGGCCUAUCAAGACACCGUGCAACAAUCUUGUAUGCGCCGAGUGCAUUAGUAGCCUAAUCCUCAAUGCCAAGUCAUGUCUUCAGUGCCCAUGCUGCGAGGAACAUCAUGAACUCUCCCCCACACGGUUUGUCCCUGCUUCAGAUGUUGUCCUGAAAGUUAUCGGAGCCCUCUUGAUAUGUUGCGACAAAUCCUCUUGUACAGCGGUCAUGAAUCUGAAGCACUUAGCAGAGCACGUGAAGUCUGGCUGCGAAGCACACAUUGCGUCAUUUUCACCAUCCAAGCUCACGAUGAAGCAGAUCAUCUCCCGUCCACUCCAGUCACCUCCAACUGUAGUUGAGCAAAAGGCAGCUGCCAGCAUCGUGAAAAGGCUGCUGCACACCUCUCCUCCUGUGACUAGUAGUUCUUCUGGGUCCUCAACACCAGCACCGGUUGUAAAGCUGACAACAGAUGGCACACCUCUAAGUCUGGUCAGAGUGUCGACUCCCAGGGUGAGUAGCAGGAAUGCCAGUCGUUGGACUAUGAGCCGCCGCAGUAGCAACAUGUCAGCAGUUCGGUGCAUCAUCAGUGGAGGGGCACCUGACGACCAGCUACAACAUGAGAUGGCAGCUCUUACUGACAUGGAGAGACAAGAGCUUCUCAAGGCUGCUACCCCACUCCACAUUUCAGCUGAGGAAACCCUGGCCAUGAAAGCGGAUCUUGUGCUUCCCUGGAAUAAAAUAAGAAUAAUGCGCAGGUGGAUGAAAGCACAAGGUGUAAAGCUGGCUAGCGAGAGAAGUGUACGGAGGCUGUCACAGGAGAUGCUCGGAGACAACCUGGCUGCAACCGAGGUGCCACUUUCCCAACCACUUCGGUUUGGGGUCGACCUGAAGGUGUCCCCACUCGUCUAUGUGCCUGAUCUGGUUGGGAAAAUUCUCCAGCUAUUAGAGCAGAAUGACAGUUCCGGAAGGUUGACUUGGCACAAUGGUCUCAUUCCUGAGUCAGAGGUGUGGGUGAAGGUUGCAGGGGACAAAGGUGCAGACACGGUGAAGCUUGUGUUUCAGAUCUGCAAUGUUCCCAAUCCCAACUCUGUCCAAAACACUUGCGUGUUUGCUGUGUUUGAGGGAAGGGACACCGUCAGUAACCUCCAUGUUGCCCUUGACCGCUACAUUCCACAGUUUGAACAUCUUGCAGCAACACAGUGGAGGGGGAAGGAGAUUCGUCUAUUCAUGUCAGGAGACUAUGAGUUCCUGAGUAGAAUGUACGGGAUUUCAGGUGCUCAAGGGCUUCACAUAACUCUGGGUGUAUUCUACCGGUUGUGGAUCCUGCUUGAGACAGCUUGCCAUCAGUUGGAUCUCGAACUGGCCACUCGCACUUCUCCGAGACCCACUGACCGGAAGUCUUUCCAGCACUACUCAGCUCUAGUGAAACAGCUUGCUGAGCUCAACGAGAAGAAAACAGGGCUGGUAGAGCUGACGUCGGCUCUCAAUUCUGGACUUGCAGACCUUGCAAUCCAGAUCCCAGAUGCUGAGUCACACCCUCUAGUGCAGAUGCUCAAGGAAGAGGCACUGUCAUCGGCUAGAAAAUUGGAUGAAAUUGAGAGAGAGAUCAAGGAAGUCACAGCCAACUGCAACAAAGGGUUCCCCGUGCAUGAUGGUGCAUUCAUUCGUUCCCUGGAACAGGAACUAGGGUCAAUGCACGUGCACAGAGAGGCAUACUAUGGUGGCACCUUUACUGGUAACAGUGCACACAGAUGCUUGAAGGCUGUAAAUGUGGAUAAAAUCUGUGCUGUACUGCCAAAAGUUGCUAGUGAGAGGUGUCCUGACAUGGAGGAACAGGCACAGGCAGUGGCUAACAAAUAUGGCAGAGCACUCCUUCUUUUUUCUAAAUGCCACAACUUGUUUAAUUCGUCCCACUACUUUGACGAUGCAGCCCUUUCUACUCUACUGUGCGACAUUGAUGCAUUUGUGUCCUACUACCGUGGUACAAUGGGAAGCACAUUUAUCCCCAAGCUACACAUGCUAGAGGACCACGUUGUACCUUUCAUUAGGCAAUGGCGAGUUGGUGUUGGAAUGUUGGGGGAACAGGGGGUGGAGGGCAUCCAUGCCAGGUUCAACACACUGGAACGGACAUACUCAUGUAUGAGCAACCGUGUGGAGCGACUGAAGUGUGUGGUAUCUGAGCACUGGAGACAAGUUUGCCCGGCCAAUGUCGCUUUACAACCACCAGUCCAAAAGCGAACGAAGAGAGAUAAGGACUGAGCUAG